AUGGAAGGUUCGCUGAUCCAGUUGAAUGAUUUACCUGAUGAGAUUCUUCUUAUUAUUCUUAAAAAACUAGACAAUAUCGAAGUACUCUACUCGUUCAUAGGUUUUAAUAAACAAUUAGACCAACUUGUACAUGGUUCAAUAUUUACAAAUUGUUUAACGAUGACCAGACGUUCUAAUGAUUCAUAUUAUCCAUUAAAUGGUCCAGUAUUUCAACGAUUUUGUUCACAAAUUUUACCUAAAAUUCAUCACAAAGUCAAAUGGCUCAAUCUUGAAUCAUCAACUAUGAAAGAUAUUCUUCUUUGUACAAAUUAUCCUAAUCUAUAUGGACUCGGUUUAUAUAAUAUCAACAAGGAAUAUGCUUUUCGUAUCUUUACUGACGAAACUCCUUUAAUUCACAUAUUUCAGAGUAAAAUUUCAUCGCUUGUUGUUGAUAUUCCACAAAAAAGCAUAACUGGUACAGGCAAUAGCAUUACAGAUAUAUUUACAGCUAUUUUAACCGUAUGCUCGAAGUUAGAAUAUUUCCGUUUUGGCCCAGCUUAUUGUUGUCAACUACGUUUUCAAAAUCCUCCAACUAUAUCCUCUUCAACUUUGUUAGAAAUGCACGUUCGUGUGGAAUGUUUUGUCGAUUGUCUUUAUUUACUUGAUGGUCGUUUCGAUCAACUUCAAAGACUUUCUAAACAAAUACCCAACCUAAAACUUUUUUCGCUUCGUUGCAGAUGGGCGACAGAUAAGUAUAGUGAAUUAAUUGUGCCACUUCUACAUCGAAUGUUCAAUCUAGUAGAACUCGACUUACGUCUUGUUAUGUUUGGCGAGAAAAGAUUUUUUGAUGGUUAUGAUUUGAAAUACAAUAUUAUCAGUCAUUUAUUACGAUUAAAUAAAUUUGUAUUCAACAUAAGCUCACAUCUGCGUCUAAACGAUCAAAUUUAUUUAUCGUCGAAUGAAGAUUGUCAACUUUCAUUCAAAGAUAUUCAAAAUAAUAAAGUUAUUUCAUGUGUUGAUUAUUUCUCAGAUCGUAAAAGAGGUCAAUGUCAUAUUUACUCAUAUCCAUAUCAAGGAAAACGUUAUCAAUCUAUUACAAAUAAUUUUUCGUAUGGAUUAUUUGAAUCUGUUCGUGAAGUCUCAUUAUAUGACGAACGUCCUUUUGAACAUGAAUUCUUUGUGAAAAUUGCUAAAUCUUUUCCCUUCAUGGAAAAAUUAACUGUAUACAAUAAAAAAGCACAGAAGAAUAAAUUGCAUCAACCAUCAAAAGAUGAUAAUCGACAUUUAUCAAUCAUUCAAUAUCCUUAUCUUACUACACUUGAUCUCAAUGAUGUUCAUGAUGAUUAUGUGGAACAAUUUCUGCUGGAUACCAAAACAUGUUUAUCAAGAACACUCGAAGUCGAAAUCGACUAUGAACCUGUAGAGAGAGUGACACACAAUUUUACAAGAGAUGCAACCCGAAUCAAUUGUGCCAAAUUGCUUUAUUUUUGUGUGCCUUCUGAAAUUUCAAUUCAACAGCAGCUGAAAGACUAUUUUCCUCAUACGAAAAUUUAUUAUUUAUGUGUUCGAGCACCAGUUGACUUUGAAGAUAUUCCGUUAUCAAGUAAUGUAGCUAAUGACGAAAUGUUUGAGAGAGAUGUUAUGGCUGUUCAACGUAAUGGAAUAGCUCUCAAAGGUUGGUUUUUUGAAAAUUCAAUUAUUGACAUAUAUUCAACUCAACUAGGUAAUAUUGCAUCACAAAAUACAACAUACUCUCAAUGUUCUUUUACGUUGAUUGAUGGUUGUCGUGAAAUAGCUGCUAAAUAUCCUGAUAUUAAAUUUGAUAUAAUGAUUAUUAAUAAUACAUGUAUGCAACUAGUUAAUCGACCAACACAAUUUGAUGUUAUGGUUACGACGAAUUUAUAUGGGAAUAUGGUAUCAAAUGUAUGUGCUGGUUUUGUCGCUGGUUCAAAAUAUGGAGAACAUUAUGCUAUUUUUCAAUAA